AUGUCACUUGAACCUCCAAUUGGUAAAUCCAACGAUGUGAGAACACGUAGUAAUAGCAGUGUAUCAAUUAGAAGAAGAAGUAGAAGAUCAUCAUCUGUCGGUAAAUUAGAAUUAGGUGAUUCCGGUUAUAAUUUAUUAGGUGUAUCAAAACCAAAGGAUACAAAAAAUUUAAGAAAAGAUGUUUCAAUGACUGAUAAUUCAAUUGUUAAAAAUUUACAUAGUUUUUUAGAAUUAAGUUCAGAACAUAUGUGGAUUAUUCCAUUAAUUAUUAUUACAAUUGUUUAUACAUUAUUCUUUCAAUCGCAAGAUCAAUCUGAAAAGAAUCCAUUACAUAUGUUUGUUUCAAUUUCAUAUAGAAUUGAUGAUACAGACAUGUAUGGUAAAGGUAUUAAAGAUUUAUGUUUCUUAUUUUAUUAUAUGAUUGUAUUUACAUUUGUUCGUGAAUUCUUUAUGGAUAUGAUUAUUCGUCCAAUUGUAUUAAAAGCUCAAGUGAAAUCAAAACAUAAAUUGAAUAGACUUAUGGAACAAUUAUUUUACAUUAUCUACUAUGGUUUGUCUAGUCCCUUUGGUCUUUGGAUCAUGUACAACUCAGAUUUAUGGUUAUUUAAAACAGAUACCAUGUAUAAAACAUUUCCUGAUUUCAAUAAUUCUUUCUAUUUUAAAUGGUUCUAUUUAGGUCAAGCAUCAUUUUGGGCUCAACAAGCUUGUGUCUUAGUCUUACAAUUAGAAAAACCAAGAAAGGAUUACAAAGAAUUAGUGUUUCAUCAUAUCGUCACAUUGCUAUUAAUUUGGUCCUCUUACGUAUUUCAUUUUACUAAGAUGGGUCUUGCAAUUUAUAUUACUAUGGAUGUAUCAGAUUGGUGGUUAGCAAUGUCAAAGACUUUGAAUUAUUUUGAAUCUGUUCUAACAGCUCCUGUCUUUGUUAUCUUCAUGUUUAUUUGGAUAUAUCUUCGUCAUGUUGUAAAUUUGAGAAUUCUUUGGUCAGUAUUAACAGAAUUCCGCACAGAAGGUACUUAUAUUCUUAACUUUGCUACUCAACAGUAUAAAUGUUGGAUCUCUCAAUCUAUUGUUUUCACUUUAAUUAUGGCUUUACAACUUGUUAACUUAUAUUGGUUGUUCUUAAUCCUAAGAAUCCUAUUUAGAAUGGUUGUAACAGGUGAAAAAACUGAUGAAAGAAGUGAAAACUCUUCCGAGGAAGAUGAUUAA